AUGAGAGGUCAACUGAAUCAUAAGUGGGAGAUUUGUAAUCCUUUUUGGUCAACGGUCAGUUGCAAACUCUUCACCACCCUUCAAUAUUGUCUUGUGCUUAGUGAAAGCUCGAUGGCUACUCAGUUUUACAUAGUAGAAUUUCCGUCAGAAGAAGAGAAAUUUAGAGGGCCAUAUUUUGUGUCGGCAAACAAAGUUAAAGAGGAAAACGGAACCACUCAAGUUCUGUGGAGUGUUGUUGAUGAACUUAUGGGUAGCAUUACGGAGGUAUACUAUGAAGCAACAUGCCUCAAGCAAGGUACGAAGAAGGAAUGCAGUGAUUUCUUUGACCUUCUAAAGAAAAACAGAGAGCACGCGGAAAUUAGCUACAAAUGGGGAGUAAGGAGCCGCAGGAAACCAGCAAAACCCGACGAUUAUGAGUUUGAAGGUCUCGCCGAGUGCUCAGCCUCUGGAAAACCACCGACCAAGAAGGCAAAGAAAACAACAACAGAAACCCCAUUCAACACUUGUAUUAACAAAUGUGUUGAGGACUCGGAACCUUUUGAUCCUGAAACAGAAAGGAAAGCAAUUAUGAAGAAGUGGACCAAAGAGGUGCUCUCAAAAAGUGAGAAGCCAAACACCAACAGUUUUUCCCACCAAAACUCAAAAAGUAAGAAGCCACCAAGGGAAGAUUCUCGAAAGCAGCAAAGAUCACAGGAAGAGAAGAUCAACUCAUCACAAAAAAAAAGCGAGAUAUGA